CGAGAAAUAGUAAAGUAGUAAAACGCGAGUUGCAACUGACGAGGUAAAGGUUCAUAUUCCUCGGGAGGAAGAGGAAGCACAUAAUGGUGUUUCCAUUGAUGAUUGACCACGAGGUUAAAUAUUAAAGUUCAUUAUGAAACAAUUGUGAAUUGAAUUGUGUCAGUGGAUCAGCGAGUGGUGGAUAUUUUCUUGCGAGAGAUCCGACGAAUUGGCGAAAAAAACGUCCAUACCCGUGCACCGGUGGUGUGUGAGGAAAAGUUAUAAAAAUAUAGAAGAAGAGGGAAAUUCAGAGUUUUAAUAUUUCCAGUGACCACUUACAUUACAUUGUGCGGUGAACAGUUGCGUGCUACAAGUUGUUAAGGACAAAGAUAGGCAUUUGGAGUAUUAUACGAAAUAUUGAAAAGAGCAAUCAACGAAUAUCCGACCUUUUAUUAUCAGCGGUAGUGAUUCGAGUCUUUGUGGAAAUGAUGAGUUCACAUUAUGUAAUAAUUUAUGGUUGAUAGGGGGAGGAAUACUAUGGUGGAUAAUCAUUAUCCACGUGAGGGCUACUCGAUUUUCUACAACGGGUGGCAUUUACCAAAAAUGACUGACUCAUCCCCCUCUUCCUCCUCAGCUUUUAUCAAUCUGGCGAAUAACAUCGUUACACUUAUUAAAUGUAUCCUGAGAACGGGAUUUGUUAUAAUAAACAAUGUGUACUGUAUUCCGACUUAUGUCGUGUGGAUGAUGCUGCUGUUACCGGUGAAGGUUUAUCAUCCACAGAUGUACUGGAGGAUAGAGGGAUUGUUUUUCCACUGGCUGCUGGCCAUGGUAUCCAUGUGGACUUGGUCGGCUGGUUAUGACAUUAUUGAACAGGGUGAUGAUAUUCAUCGUAUCGUUAGUGACAGAACUUUGGUCAUAGCCAAUCACCAGAGCACCGGAGACGUGCCAAUACUCAUGGCAACAUUCAAUGCUAAACCCAAUGUUCUGCCUAAUCUCAUGUGGAUAAUGGACAGUAUAUUUAAAUUUACGAAUUUUGGUGUUGUAUCGAUGUUACACCAAGACUUUUUCAUCUCAUCAGGUCGAAAAAGGAGAGAGGAGAGUCUCAGACAAUUGGAGAGACAUCUGGAGGAGGCGUAUGUGCCACGUGAACGCAAGUGGAUGGUACUCUUUCCGGAAGGAGGUUUUCUGUGCAAGAGACGCGAGACGUCGCAGAAGUACGCCAAAAAGAAUAAUCUACCGAUACUUGAGAAUGUAACCCUACCUAGGGUAGGUGCUAUGCGUAUGGUAUUCGAAAAACUUGGCCCGGCACAAAACAACAAUUCCUCAGACCUUCAAAUCAACACCAGACCAAGUUCGACCGUAGCUAGACCCGAAAUCAGUUGGGUUCUUGACAUAACGAUAGCCUAUCCUCAGGGUAAACCGAUCGAUUUGCCAACGAUCGUUACAGGGUCAAGGUCACCCUGUGAAACCGUCCUUUUUUACCGAUUGUAUCCCAGCUCAGUGGUACCCAAAGACCCAGAGCUAUUAUCAAAAUGGUUGUACGACAGAUGGGUAGAGAAGGAGACACUCUUAGAUAAUUUUUAUAAAUAUGGAUCGUUCCUGGGGCCCUCGAAAUCAACCAGCGAGGGAACGAAAAUACAACAGGAUCCACUGAGAUAUCUAGUUCUUCAUCUUUUCUUCAUAACGUCUAGCUAUAUACAUUACAAUAUUUUUUCGUAUGUAUUGUCGUGCAUUUGGUGAUGUGUCAUGAAUUUCUUUUAAAAGUGAAGAUAUUGAGAUUGUGAUGGAGAGUAACACGUUUUUUUUCUUUUGUUCAUUCAGCUUUCAUUGUGAUAGCGAAUUUAAGACGUCGUUAAUCGCUUACUAAAAUUAAUGAUACAUAGGAGAAAAUUUGUACAUCCGUUGGAAAAUUUUAGUAUUCAAUGCUUCAAGGCAUGUUAAUGCAUAAGAAUUUUUUCUGCAGAGACUCCUGUGCUAUAAUUUCCUAAUUUUGUUUUUUUGCCAGAGGAACAACCUGAAGUGGAAAGCAAGUAGAAAAUUUACAAUCAGUUUUUGUUGACUUUGUUUUCACGGGAAUAUAUCGUUUUUCCAUCGGCGUAUUAAGUUCAAUAGAAUUCUCUUGCAAAUUGCCUGUUACUAAACGUAACAGCUAUUGUGAAAUAUUUUAUUCAGGAUUAUUAAUCAAACCAAAUGGAAAUGAAAAUGAGAGAUAUCACUGAUUUGCUUAAAGAAACCCAGUGCCUCGAAACUUCGUCUGAUUUACAAUUAAUUCGAAUUGAGAAAUUUAGUAGUUUCAGUUAGAGAGUUCGAGGAGAAGGAUUAGUUUGUGAUACGCAGAUAAUAGAUACGAGGAGGUUUAGGUAACGUUUUUUUGGAAACGUGAAAGGAAAGGGGAAGAUGAAUAAUCAUAAUGAUAAGGCAACAUGGAGAUAUAUAAGAUAUUUUUUAAACUCAACGUUUAACGACGACUGUAGUUUUUUCUAUGAAACCUUCAACACCCGAAUGGCUCCCACUGUGAAAACUCGAAGAGUAAAUUUUAUAUUAUGUAUCGUACACUGUGUAUGUACGUAUGUAAGUAUGUAUAGAUUAAUUUUAAUCGUAAACACGUGGCUGAGUGAUAAAUGUCAUUGAAUCAAAGUGUCUGUCUCUCAACAUUCAAGAAUAAUUUAUAUUAAGUAAUGAAAGUUGUGUAAGUGGCUGGCGUUUGCAUUUCGAUUGAAAUUUUGUGCACAAUGAUUAUGAGGUGGAUCACACGUGUGAUAAAAUUUCAUAGAAGAACCUGGCGCAUUAUCGGAGAAAUUCUAUGGAAUUUCGAAAAUAUUCUGGUUACUUUUUCCAUUGAAUAUCCGUUAGCAGAAUUACAUAAUGCAUAAUCUCCUAAAAACAUCACAAAAAUAAAUGAUUCUAUUCAAAGAAUUUCUUAAAAAUAACGCUGAAAUUUCUAUGAAAUUUUUCAAUGCGUGUACAGUGUGAAGACAAUAGACUGUCGCGUUAUUUAGGUAAUAAGGAGUAAUUUAUUUGAAAUGAAUUGCAGAAAUGUCGACUACAAGUAAUGCGUGCCGCGGGACGAUUGAAAAAUGCGAAUUUGUAUAAUAAAUCAAGUGGAAAUAAGCGAGGGUGGAAUGCUCAUUUUCUUCGUGAAUGGAAAAAAAAAUCAAAUGCUAAAAAUAGAUAAUAAGUUUGUCGAUUCCCUUCCUCUUCAUCGAUUAUUCACACCAGCCUAGUCUCUCACUUCUCAAAUGAAUUAUGUAAAACAAAAUUAUCAUUCAUUCAUUCGAUCGAUAUUUUCCUUCGUCCAUGACUACUGAGCACAAGAAAAUUUUUAUAAUACUAUGAAUAAAAUGUCGAUUAACAUCUCCCAUAGCAUUUCUCUUUCCCAGUGCAUUUAAACAUUUUCAAUAAAGAAUCAUCAAUUGAUUCUUGGUCAAUAGGCUUGUAAAUUGUGUAUUAUUGAGCAUGUGAACGUGGCCGUCCAAUAUAUUUAUUGAUUUGGGCACGGGAUAUAAGUGAAAUAUGUACAUGUUAUACUCUUCAAUGACUCGCACCAAUCAAAUAAAUCGUAUUAAUAAAAUUGUCAGGCAGGGUUUGAACUCACUGUGUUUUUUGACGUCCUAAAUGGAAUUCCUACGAUAUUUUAAAAUUUUUCUAUACGCCUGGGAACAGCCACAUGGUUGUUUUCAUAUUUUUCAGAAAUAUGAUGGAUAAAAAAUUGUGAAUCAAUAAUCCUUUUUACUACAAAUAUUUAUUUUUCAUUUACCACGUUUAUAUAUACAAAAAUAAUAAAAUGAGACAAGAUCGUGAAAUUAAAAUAAACAAUGAGGAAAUUACGCAGACGUGACUCAGUGAUUUUUGUUCAUAAAAACCAGCGAGACAGGUAUUAAUUUCCAUUAGUAAUACCACAUACAAAAGUUAUCACAAAUAAUGAUACAUUAAUUUUUCAACUACUUUAAAUUUCCUGCUAUUAUUAAAUUACUUAUGUUAUCAUCAAUGGUAUAAAUAUAAACUGUGAUGACGUAUGCACACCCAGAGUUCUUCAAUGACCAUUCAGCAAAUACUGGGUCAAGCGCUUCAAAUUAAUUUCUUCCCAAUGUUCAUGUCCAAUAAAUACUUCAGAAUUCCAGGGGCAGAUAUUUUUUUCGGCCCUUUUUAUCGCUUUAAGUGAUAGCUCGAGAAAAGAUGUCUGACCGAAGUGUGUACCAUCUCCUAGAUUCAGACAUAGUCCUGAGAACAGGAGGAAGCUCUACACGAGCUGCUGGGCGCUUCCCUGCUGCAUUGAAUAGAAGGGCACGUAGGUUUAUGCCAGUCUUAUGAUUUAAAUGUCUACGUAUUGCACAAACGAUUAAACGUUCAAUAUUCCUCUUGAUAAUGAACAUAUCCUCAUGCAGUUCACGUUCAUCGGUGUAUUUACUUCAUAUGAACGCCGAGGUAUAACUCUUCAUAAUACAAAUGAUAAAUUUAUUUAAAUUUACAGUCUCGUUCGUCGCUACCGUCGGAGCACUCGAGGAAGCCAUUGCAAAUGCGGGAUUUUGGAAGGCAUUCGCCCAGGGGACAACGGUGACCUUUGCACGUUGGUAUUGAGGACGGAAAAUCAUUUGAUGAUAUCGUACGCUCUAUCCAGGGGAGAUAGUGAUGGACUUUGGUGUAGACACCGGGUCUGCCUGGUCUUGCACAACCAUAGCCGUUUGAGUGAUACCUGUAUCGAUGACAGAACUUUUCCGGUUGGUAAUGAUAUAAAAGAACUCUUCUAAUUCUCCGGAGGCAUUCGAACCUCAUUGAAGCUUGAACCGUGACAAUAUCACUCAGACUAAAAUAUGAAGCUGUACAUUUUGAUCCUUGCGAUUUUCUCAAUCGCUUUGCUUGUCGUAUCGACUGCUGCCUCCGGGGAAGACCCGAUCGCCGAUUUGGAUGUCCCAGUGGAGGGACAGACAAUUCCUCUCACUAGUAGCCAGGAGGGUGAGGGAUCCGGAAGGGAGAGACGUCAUGCCCAACGUGGACCUCAUUGGGCCGAGCUUAUACUUAAGGGACCCCCCAACGGAAAAUAGAAACUUCAAUGUUUCAUGACAAUUAUUACUCGACUUGUUUAAUCGGAAUGAAACUGACGAAAUCCUGUGUACACUCAUUGUUAUUUUCUAAUUAUGAAUAAAUUUAUAAAAUGUAUUCUGUGUUUAACAAAUUAAUUAUUUUUCCGUCCUCUAAAUGAAGAGCGAAAAGUUUCAAUUUUCAAUAUUGAAGGAGAAUAGGGACUCGAGGGGCAGUCGCUCUCUGGAAAAAUUAAUGAGAAGGAAACAUUAAUUGCCAAUUUGAGCAGUAAUUUUUUGUACGAUUUUUUCUUUGUGGAUAAGUAUGUAUAAUCUCCUGGACACUACCCUACGGAAAUUGUAAUCGGUAUUUGCAUUUCUCACGCAUGUGAAGAUAAUUGUGAAUAUGAUUUUAUUAACACUGGGGUUAAUAUAUUAUUUUUACACGUGAUUAGAGAUAAAUAUGAAUAUGUCAGGCAGUUUAUGAGUCGUAAAAUCGUAAUUAUGGGAAGAGACGAGGGGCAAGUGUCUUUGAGGAAAGUCUGAGCUUUGGACGUCACGAUGCAUAAAUAAUUCCGCAGUUAGUUCGUCGAUGUAUUGGUCGGGAAACUAUUGCGUCCAAUUUUGUUGCAUUCACGUCAGAUUUAUCAGCUAUAACAGUAUCUCAUAUACCUGUGAUACAAGAAAUCUUCCGGUGAGGAGUGGUAUAAAACCGAGACUUCAAGUACUCUGGAGACAUCACAGUAUCAGCUAUACUUGACGAGGCGAGACCUUCGAAUACGAAAAUGAAAUUAUUCGCUGUAAUACUGGCGAUUAUCUUUAUUAUUACCAUCGCGUCAUCUGAAAAAGUUUCAUCAGUAAGCGAGAGAGGAGAUUUUGGAACGUCCAGGGGAGUCGUGGGAACUUAUGGUUUAUCCUGACUUUUUGUGACUAAUUAGAUAUUCUUGACAACAUCGAUGCCAAUUUGGAGAGGACAGACGCAGUUGGGGGAUUCUUUGCCGAAGCGUAAUUUACGAAAUCCUAGUUACAAGGAUUGAGAUCAUGUGAAAAAGUAUUUAAUUUGUUUAAAAAUCUCUGAUUGAUUUAAUAAAUGGAAACCAUGCGAUGUAUUGACUUCAAUUGUGUGUAAUAAAUUAUCGAUUAUUUUGGAAUAAAGUAACAAAUUAAUGAGUGAAAACGAACAGGAGAAACGAUCAAUUUUUCCUGAAUAUCGUGAAUUCCCAUAGAUUUAUUUUAUUUCUCAAAUAAAAUUGUGGGAAAUGUAGAGAUUAAUUCUUAUCACCAACAAUAAGCCCUUGUCUCUGGUUUCCAACUUUCCUCAAGAACGAACCUGUCAUAUCAAUGUUGAUCCCUUUUCCCGGAAUAGGAGAUUAUCUCUGGUCGGUUUCCUUUGGGCUGAUCUCAAAUUUUCAAAUUGUCUUCUUUUAUUUAUAUACAUCGGUGAGAGCACGAGGAAUUUCAACAGCUCAAAAAUUUUCUUCAAAUUAAAAUGAAAGAAGAGCUUUUGGAAUUGGAGUAUUAGAACCUCAAGAAAUUUUAUAAUCGAUUCAACCUUAAUAAAAAUCGAGAUAUAAGCGUGAGCUUACGCUUAUCACUGUCAUAUUCUCCAUUUCCGUUUCCUGUGGAAGACGUAUACUGGUCUGAUACCGUAGAAAAUUCUUAAAAAUUUGUAUAAAAGGGAGGAUUCCUAGAAACAGAACAUCAGAAUUUCCACGAAGCCAACCAGUGCAGGUCUGCGACCCAAUGCAAAAAUGAAACGAUUCGUUGCAAUUUUUGCUAUUCUCUCCGUUAUUGUGUUUGUCGGAUCAGUUCCAGUGCCAGAUGGAGCAGAUGACAUGAAUCUAAUCAUUGCAGAUCCGAAUGCAAUCAAUCCUGACCGAGGAGUUGAUGGAUUAGGGCGAGGAAAACGUGAGCCCUGGGUGGGACUAGCUCUCGGAGGACUUGCUUCCUUGAUAGGACAUGCCUUCGGUCGCGGUUGACACUGACUAUUGUCAACCUUACUUCAACCACUCAACUCUAUCCUCGAUACUUACAAAAAAACAAUGAUAAUUUAUUUGGGUUCCUUUGAGCUGGUCAUGUACCCAAUUUUAUUAUUUGUUAAAUAAAUAUUGAGAUGUUAAUAAAGACAUUUGCACCU